AUGGAGGUUGUUGGGGAGGUUGUUCUUUCUGCUGGUCUUGAAUUGUUGUUGAAAAAGCUAGUCUCCUCUGAGUUGCUCCAAUUUGCUCGCCAACAGAAAGUCUAUUCUGAACUCAAGAAAUGGGAGGACAAUUUGCUGACUGUGAAUGAAGUGCUCGAUGAUGCUGAGAUGAAGCAGAUGACGUCGCCUGCAGUGAAAAACUGGCUAUGCCAGCUCAGAGACUUGGCUUAUGAUGCAGAGGACGUACUGGAUGAGUUAGCCACCGAGCUACUGCGACACAAGUUGAUGGCAGAACGCCCUCAGACCCCCAACACUAGUAAGGUACGAAGCCUUAUCCCCACUUGCUGUACUAGUUUCAAUCCAUGCCAUGUCGUGUUUAAUGUUAAGAUGGGGUCUAAGAUUAAGGAAAUAACUAACCGCUUAGAAGAGCUUUCAACUAAAAAUUUUGGGCUUGGGCUGCGAAAAGCCACAGUUGAGCUGGGUUUGGAGAGAGUUGAUGGAGCAACUUCUACCUGGCAACGACCCCCCACUACAUCUUUGAUUGAUGAACCUGUUCACGGCAGGGAUGAUGACAAAAAGGUUAUUAUUGAGAUGCUGUUGAAGGAUGAAGGCGGUGAAAGCUACUUUGGGGUAAUUCCCAUUGUUGGCAUAGGUGGGAUGGGGAAAACUACACUCGCCCAGUUGGUAUACAGGGAUGAUGAGAUAGUCAACCAUUUUGACCCAAAGGGGUGGGUCUGUGUAUCAGAUGAGAGUGAUAUAGUGAAAAUAACAAAUGCAAUUCUUAAUGCAUUCUCUCCUCAUCAAAUCCAUGAUUUUAAAGACUUUAACCAACUCCAGCUCACAUUGAGCAAGAUUCUGGUUGGAAAAAGGUUUUUGCUAGUUUUGGACGAUGUGUGGAACAUUAACAAUUAUGAGCAAUGGAGUCACUUACAGACCCCCUUUAAGUCGGGGGCUAGAGGAAGUAAAAUUGUAGUAACGACACGUCAUACAAAUGUUGCAUCAUUGAUGAGAGCAGACAACUACCACCACAUGCUCAAGCCUUUAUCUAAUGAUGAUUGUUGGAAUGUAUUUGUGAAACAUGCAUUUGAAAACAAAAAUAUCGAUGAACAUCCAAAUUUGAGAUUGCUUGAUACAAGGAUCAUAGAGAAAUGCAGUGGCUUGCCCUUAGCAGCAAAGGUGCUCGGUGGGCUUCUACGCUCCAAACCACAGAAUCAAUGGGAACAUGUACUGAGUAGCAAAAUGUGGAAUAGGAGUGGUGUUAUCCCAGUGCUAAGAUUAAGUUAUCAACAUCUCCCUUCACAUCUAAAAAGAUGUUUUGCGUAUUGUGCAUUGUUUCCAAGGGACUAUAAAUUUGAGCAAAAAGAGCUAAUUUUAUUAUGGAUGGCGGAGGGUUUAAUUCAUGAAGCAGAAGAAGAAAAAUGCCAAAUGGAAGAUUUAGGUGCUGAUUAUUUUGAUGAAUUAUUAUCUAGAUGUUUUUUCCAACCAUCAAGCAAUAGUAAAUCCCAAUUUAUAAUGCAUGAUUUGAUCAAUGAUCUAGCUCAAGAUGUUGCUGCAGAAAUAUGCUUCAAUUUAGAGAAUAUACAUAAAACUUCUGAAAUGACUCGUCAUUUGUCAUUCAUACGUAGCGAGAAUAAUGUAUUCAAAAAAUUUGAAGUCCUUAAUAAACCGGAGCAAUUACGAACAUUUGUUGCAUUACCCGUCACUGUAAAUAAUAAGAUGAAAUGUUACUUAAGUACUAAGGUGCUUCAUGGCUUGUUGCCAAAGUUGAUACAAUUAAGGGUGCUCUCUUUGAGUGGUUAUGAAAUAAAUGAGUUGCCAAAUUCGAUUGGUGAUUUGAAACAUUUACGGUAUCUUAAUUUGUCUCAUACUAAACUCAAAUGGCUACCUGAAGCAGUGAGUACUCUCUACAAUUUACAAUCGUUGAUAUUAUGCAAUUGUAGGAAACUCAUUAAGUUGCCUAUUGACAUCAUGAAUUUAACCAAUCUUCGACAUCUUGAUAUUAGUGGUUCAAUUAUGUUGAAAGAGAUGCCUCCACAAGUUGAAAACUUGGUAAAUUUGCAAACAUUGUCUAAGUUUUUUCUAAGCAAAGGUAAUGGGUCACGAAUAAAAGAAUUGAAAAACUUGUCAAAUCUCCGAGGAGAGCUUACCAUGUCAGGGUUGGAGAAUGUUUUGGAUCCAAGAGAUGCGAUGUAUGUCAAUUUGAAGGAGAGACCAAAUAUUGAAGACUUAACUAUGGUCUGGAGUGAAGAUUCUGGUAAUUCAAGGAAUGAAAGUACUGAGAUAGAGGUCCUUAAGUGGUUGCAACCUCAUCAAAGUUUGAAAAAACUGGAAAUUGCAUUUUAUGGUGGCUCAAAAUUCCCGCAUUGGAUAGGAGAUCCAUCCUUCUCCAAAAUGGUUUGUUUGGAACUUACAAAUUGUAAAAAUUGCACAUCAUUGCCAGCACUUGGGGGUUUACCUUUCCUCAAAGACUUGGUGAUUGAAGGAAUGAAUCAAGUUAAAAGCAUAGGUGAUGGGUUCUAUGGGGAUACCGCAAACCCUUUUCAGUCUUUGGAAUCUCUAAGAUUUCGGAAUAUGGCAGAAUGGAACAAUUGGUUAAUUCCCAAAUUGGGACAUGAGGAAACUCAAACAUUGUUUCCUUGCCUUCGUGAGCUUAUGAUAAUAAAAUGUCCAAAACUGAUCAACUUACCUCAUGAGUUACCUUCCCUUGUGGUUUUUUUGUUAGAGAAUGCCAAGAAUUGGAAAUGUCAAUUCCACGACUUCCACUUCUUACUAAAUUAAUAGUAGUUGGCUCGUUAAAAAGUUGGGAUGGUGAUGUCCCCUCACUUACCCAAUUACACAUUUGGGGAAUUUCGAGGCUGAGUUGUUUAUGGGAAAGGCUUGCGCAACGCUUAAUGGUCCUUGAAGAUCUGGGAAUAUAUGAAUGUGAUGAGUUGGCAUGUUUGAGGAAGCCUGGAUUUGGACUGGAAAACCUUGGUGGUCUGCGACAUUUAUGGAUCAAUGGGUGUGAUGGGGUUGUAUCGUUGGAAGAGCAAGGGCUGCCUUGCAAUCUUCAAUACUUGGAAGUGAAGGGAUGCUCCAACUUAGAGAAGCUGCCAAAUGCAUUGCACACCCUCGCAUCUCUUGCAUAUACGAUAAUUCAUAAUUGCCCGAAACUCGUGUCAUUCCCAGAGACAGGUUUGCCGCCCAUGCUAAGAGAUCUUAGUGUGAGAAAUUGUGAGGGUCUAGAGACACUACCUGAUGGAAUGAUGAUUAACAGUUGUGCCCUUGAGCGAGUGGAAAUUAGAGAUUGUCCAUCUCUUAUUGGCUUUCCGAAAGGGGAGCUACCUGUCACCCUUAAGAACCUGAUAAUUGAAAAUUGUGAGAAACUAGAGUCUCUACCUGAGGGAAUUGACAACAACACACUUGUCUUGAAUGGCUAUUUGUAUGCGGAUGUCCAUCUCUCAAGUCCAUUCCAAGAGGCUAUUUUCCCUCACAUCUCUUCGACUUCUGACCAUAUGUAAUUGUCCAGAUGUGGUGUCCUCUCCAGAAGCGUUUUUGAAUCCCAACCUUAAACAACUUUAUAUUUCAGAUUGUGAGAAUAUGAGGUGGCCUCUAUCUGGGUGGGGCCUCCGCACACUCACCUCACUUGAUGAGCUCGGGAUUCAUGGCCCAUUCCCAGAUCUGCUUUCUUUUUCCGGCUCUCACCUACUUCUUCCUACAUCUCUCACCUCUCUCGCGUUGGUAAAUCUCCACAACUUGAAAUCCGUAACCUCCAUGGGUCUCCGAAGCCUUAUGUCUCUUAAAAGCCUUGAAUUCUACCAUUGCCCUAAGCUCCGGUCUUUUGUGCCAAAGGAAGGGCUACCACCAACACUUGCAAGACUUGUAAUCUGGAGUGUCCUAUUCUAAAAAAGAGGUGCCUCAAGGGCAAAGGAAAUGAUUGGCCCAAGAUUGGCCACAUCCCCUAUGUGGAAAUAGAUGAGAUUGUACAACAAUAACAGCUUCAAUCAGGGGCUGCCGUGGUCGACAAUAAGUUGUGGAGUUUUGUGCUCAAAACCUCGACUCUCAUGAAUGUGCCCUUAGCUUUUUCCUUAUUUUUCCAAAGGAAGGUCCCUACCCUCUUCCAAAACAGAGGUCCAAAAGAAAUUUUAAGGCCCUAUCAAAUGUGGCACCAACUUCACUUCCUACCAAGGGAUGGGCAGCUUGGCAAACUUGCAGAACCUAACCCACAACAAGAGGCCUUAUAUCUGGUGCUUCAUUUUGCUUAAAGCCAGUAUUCUAUUUCAAUUACCAUUAAUUAAUAGAAGGAAUUCUCCCUUACUAAACACCAAUGUUUUCUGGGAUUCUGCCAUCAGCUUGGAAAUAUGUAUUGCAAAACGGGGGAGAGACCCUUACUACUGGCAACUGGUAUGUCAAGCAGUUCAGGAUGCAGAGAAAGGGCAUAUAUCCCAGGGUUAUUCUUCAGGUGUUGAAGACGUGGAUGAGGUUCAUACACCAGAUUCUGACUAUAUUAAAUAAGCUAAAUCUUGGCAAGCAUAGGGGGCCACAAAUUAGCAUUUCACAAAUGCAUUGAUGAAGUUACAGAGAGCUGGUAUAAUUGGGGAGUUUGUGGUCUUAAUAGGGGUUCAAAGAUGUCUCUUAUUGGCUUUCUAGAAGGUGAGCUACCCACAUUGACCCACCACCAACACUUGCAAGAGUUGUAAUGGGGAGAUGUCAUAUUCUAAAAGAGAGGUGCCUCAAUGACAAAGGAAAAUAUUAGCCUAAGAUUGCUCACAUCCCCUAUAUGGAAAUAGAUGACAUUAUAAAACUACAACAAGUUCAACCAGGUACUCCCAAUAUAUGGAAAUAGUUGUGCCCUUGAGUACCUGAAAAUUAAAGAUUGUCCAUCUCUUAUUGGCUUUCCGAAAGGGGAGCUACCCGCCACCCUUAAGAAGCUGAUAAUUAUAAAUUGUGAGAAGCUAGAGUCUCUACCUGAGGGAAUUGACAACAACAACACUUGUCAUCUUGAAUAUCUACAUGUAUGGGGAUGUCCAUCUCUCAAGUCCAUUCCAAGAGAUUACUUUCCCUCAACACUUGAGACCCUUUCCAUUUGGGACUGCCAGCAAUUGGAGUCGAUUCCAGGGAAUAUGCAGCAAAAUCUCACAUCUCUUCAAGUUUUGCAAAUAUGUAAUUGUCGAGAUGUGCUGUCCUCUCCAGAAGUGUUUUUGAACCCUAACCUUGAAGAACUUUGUAUUUCAGAUUGUGAGAAUAUGAGGUGGCCUCUAUCUGGGUGGGGCCUCCACACACUCACCUUUCUUGAUAAGCUCAUGAUUCAAGGCCCAUUCCCAGAUCUGCUUUCUUUUCCCAGCUCUCACCUUCUUCUUCCUACAUCUAUCACAUGUCUCCGGUUGGUAAAUCUCUACAACUUGAAAUCCAUAGCCUCCAUAAGUCCCCAAAGCCUCAUCUCUCUUAAAAGCCUUGAACUCUACAAUUGCCCUAAGCUCUGGUCCUUUGUGCCCAAGGGCGGGCAACACUUGCAAUACUUGAAAUCUGGGAGUGUCCUAUUCUAGAAAAGAGGUGUCUCAAGGACAAACGGAAAGAUUGGCCCAAGAUUGGCCACAUCCCCUACGUGGAAAUAAAUGACAUUGUACAACAAUAACAGCUUCAAUAAGGGGUUCUCCUAAUUUUUCAGAAGUUAGGCCUUCCUACCACAAUUUAAUAUUGAUAUUUGGCGUUGCCCUCUUCCGAAACAAAGAAUUUCCUGCCAUUCAUAUCUGCAAGGGUAAAUACUAAAUAUCCUACACAUGAAAGAAGAUGUACUGAAUGCCCCAUUCUUUUCUAGUUUCUGGAUUUACAUGUGAUUCAAGUUGUAAGGCCCUAUCAAAUUUGGGCAACAACUUCACUUCCCACCAAGGGAUGGGCAAAAGGCCUUAUGUUUGGUGGUUCUUUUUGUUUAAAGCUCAGUAUACUGAUUCAAUCACCAUUAAUUGUUAAAAGGAAUGCUCCUUUAUUUAACACCUUGGUUUUUUGGGAUUCUGUCAUCUUUUUGCAAAUAUGUAUUGCAAAAAGGGGAGAGUUACUGUUGACCUAGAGAGGACCUUUCUACUAGCAUCUGGUAUGUCAAGCUGUUCAGGAUGCACAGAAAGGGCAUAUAUCCCAGAUACUUGUUACAGAGGGGGUUGUGCUUAGCCAGUGUGUGACUCUGGAAACCCCACGUAAAAUGUAUGGCAACAACUGAGUCCUAUCAAUACUUGCAACAUUACAUAAUCAAGAGAGAUGUCCUAUUCUAAAAAGGAGGUUCAUGAAGAACAAAGGAAAAGAAUGGCCCUAAAUUGCUCAUAUCCUCCCAUAUCUGGAGAUAGAUUGCAUUGUACAGCAGUAAAAAGGUCAAUCAAGUACCCCAAUUGAUGAUAGUCGCUCUUUUCUCUUGUUGCUCACAUCCAUCCUUCUAUCUGAUUGGAAAUUUAGUUCUCUAAUUCAUCAAUUCCAUGUCUGAAGUGAAUAUGGUGUUGGUUGUUCAUUCUCUAAUAUGGUGAUGGUGAAAAGAAGAUGAAAGGGCCUAGAAAAAGCAUGAUCUUGGGUUGGAUAUGGUGCAGAGGAAGAUUUUUACAAACAAACCUAUUUAAGGUAUUUGGGACUAUCCUCUUCCAAACACAGAUGCAGGAUGGCAAUCAAAGGGACUGAUGUAGAUGAAAGCAAAAUUCAUGGCCAUUGAUGCAGCUUAUUAGCAUCUGCAAAGGGGCCUUACAUCUGGUGGUUCAUUUUGCUUAAAGCCAGAAUACUAUUUCCAUCACCAUUAAUAAAUACAAGGCAUGCUCCCUAAUUUAUUCUUCCCUUUGCUUGGAAAUAUGUACUACAAAAAAGCAAGAGGUGGUCUUAACAAAGAAGCUCAAUGAGUUAGAACUACAGCGUCACUGUCCCAAAGUGAAACGGUCAAAGCUUGUAAUAAGCUCCAGCUAAGGAAGCUCCUACAACCAGGUCAUAUUCCUAAUUGACUCUGUUUUUGAGAAAUCAGGAUACUUUGGGUGGAUUUUCCUUCACAUGAAUAAUUGGAUUCAUCUUCUAAAGUACUCUUGGGAGUGAGGAAUCCUUCUCAAAAGCCUUGGAAUCGAGCACAAAUUUGAAAUUUCAAUCUGCAAUGAGGAUAUGGGCCCGGUUUCAUCCAAAAGCUUCCUAUAGUUGACUAAUUCAUGAAUUUGAAAAUUUUGGAGGAUAGAAGAACAAGCACAUGUCUUCUGCAAGCAUUUGAAAACUUGUGCAUCAGUGCAUCAAUGGUUGUUGCUAGUGCUCAUAGAGAUUCAAAUAUGUGAAAUGGUAAUUGUGAGAUUGAAAUCCUAACCAUGAGACUAGCAGACGAGUCUUAGUGAACUUGAGAGUUUUGUCAUUCUCUUUCCUUGUGGGUCAUUCUCAAUACAAGUUGUUCUCCCAUUAUGUUUUAACAGUAUGUAAUACUUUAAAUGGUAAAUUAUGCCUCAAUUGAUCAUCUUUGAAUUACAAUUAGAUGUUAUUAAUGUUUACUUCAA